CAAAGAAUCACCACAGAGCACUGGAAGCACCUGAGGACACAGACACAGCAUCCAGCCAAGUGUUUUAGUUUGUAGAUUUUUUUCUAAACUGCAUCAGUAAACCCUCAGAGUUGUGCACAGUAUGCUGGCCUACACAACAGCACCAAAUGACGUGGAGAUGGGUCAUGAGGAGAAGACGGUGGUUUUGGUAGAAAAGAAGUCCUCCACUGGCCGGAUAUGGACGAUGUCCGUGGCCCUUCUCGCUGUGGCCCUUUGUUUAGGAGGCGUCCUGCUGUUUGCUUUGUACUGGAGUGGAAGGCCGGAAAUGACACAACCAGGCCAGACGGAAGCGCUAGUCAAGAAGGACACUGCUGAGAAAGAUCCCCACUACAUGUUGAGGCGAAUCAGCAGCAAAGCCAAGGCAGCCAUCCAUUUAGAAGGUAACUACGAAGACAGCGAGAGUUUGCAAGGCCAGCUGAAGUGGAGAAACGAUCAAGGCCAGGCGUUCGCUCAGGGCGGCUUCCAACUGGUGGACAACGAGAUCAUUAUCCCACAAACCGGCCUCUACUUUGUCUACAGCCAGGCGUCGUUCAGAGUGGUCUGCAGUGAUGGCGACGAGGAGGGAGCGGGAAAACACAUCACACCUCCCAGCCACAGGAUCUGGCGCCACUCCGACUCCAUGGGUGGCAAAGCCUCUCUGAUGAGCGCAGUGAGGUCAGCGUGCCAGAACACUGCUCAGGAGGACAGCUACAAUGAUGGACAGGGCUGGUACAACGCCAUUUAUCUGGGUGCAGUGUUUCAGCUGAACAAAGGAGACCGACUGUGGACGGAAACCAACCAGCUAUCGGAGCUGGAGACCGACGAGGGCAGGACUUUCUUUGGGGUGUUUGCACUUUGAAAUGACUCUUUGCUGUGAUACUAACAGAGACAAUACAAAGCUCUGCACAGUGCCAUCAUUUUUGGCGUUUUUUAAACAUAAUGUAUGUUUUUAUUAUUAUUAUUAUUGUUAUUAUUAUUAUUAUUAUUAUUAUUCAUCUUCAUGGUGAUGCAGUAGUGUUUCAAUCUCAAUGGAGAUAAAGCUUGUAGCCAAACAGGCGGUGCAGAUUUUUUUUAAAUCCUAUAAACUGUAACAGUUUGCAACAUUAUUUAUGUUUUAGUCACUUUUUGUACAUUAUUUAUGCUGACCUGAGAUUGUAGUAGGCUAGACUUUAUCUGCUAGACAAAGCUCUUCACUGGAGAGUUAAGGUUCGAGGAUUAUGUUACAACUUGUAUGUAUUUAUUUGUAUUUAUUUAUAUUUAUUUAUAUUUAAAUCGUUGGGGUAGGUGUUAAAAAUUAAAUUUAUACAGUGU